AUGGGAUUAGGAAGCACACUGAAGCGCAAACUCGGCAAAAAGUCCAAGGGGACUAACACACCGGGUUCCCAAGAGACUGAAAGCCUUCAAGGGAGCCAGGCGAAGACUGUGACUGGGCCGGCCAAAACGCCCGAUGGGUCUAAUACACCAACUUCCCAGGAGAGGCGAGACCUUCAGGGUAUCCAAGACAAAGGGAAGACUGCAGUUGGCUCAGAACAGGUGAAAUCUGCUACAGGUCCUGGGAUAGCCCUUUCCAACCCACGCAUCGUCGGACCGCCACGAGAUGUCAGCGAAGUGGAACUAGGGUUCCAGCAGAUCCACCACCCCCUCGAUCUCCAGACUGCGUUCGAGUAUCGACCGCUCCAAGAGGGCCAGAUUCGACUGCUCAAGAUUGUCCUGCCGGGUAUUUACCCGUGGUGCUCCUUGGAAGAUCACUACAUAGACAAUGCGCCGCCCUACGCGGCCAUGUCCUACGCGUGGGGUCGUCCUAUAAUGACGAGAGCCAUGUUUUGCCAAUACUACAACGAGAACAUGGCAAGCUUUUCAAUAUCAGAGCACAUAUUGGAGGCUUUGAAUAACCUGCACGGAUACGUGCCGCAUGGAAGCCUAAUCUGGAUUGAUGGUAUCUGUAUCAACCAGAAAGAUCCAGUCGAGAAGGCAGCACAGGUCGCCUUGAUCCCUCGAAUCUUCUCCAGAGCCCAGAAAGUUCUCUGCUGGUUGGGUAAACAUGCGGAUCAAAGUGAUUUAGUCAUCCCCAAUCUUCCUAGAUUGGCUGAGGCAGUUGAACAGGCAGGCCCACAGGGCACUCUGUCAAUACAGCCAGCAGAUGCCGCCCUUUGGGUCGCCACUGCCAAAUUCUUCCGUCGACCCUGGUUUCAUCGGCUGUGGGUUGUGCCUGAGAUCCUGAUGGCUCGAGAACUGGUUCUUGUUUGCGGCGAUAAAGCCGUUUCAUGGAAUGGUUUCCGUGCCGCCGUGGCCAGGCUCACUGCUAUAAGUCUUAACUUUGCGGAGCCAGGGCUGGCGGAACACUUCGACAGCGGUGGUCGCGGGAUCGUGGAGCUAGGGAGGUGGCGCGACAGAAUACAGGGGCUGGUGGAAACCGAGUUCAGCACCCACGAGUUCAUUCGUCUUCUGUUGUGGUCGUGCCAGAGACAGGUUACCGAGCCAGUCGACAGAGUGUGGGCGUUGGCUGGGCUUGCGCCGCCGCAUAUGCGACAGGCGAUUGCACAUCUGGCCGAUUACUCCGACCACGCGCGGUCCAACUUCCACAAUACAUACAAGGCUUUUGUACGCGCGUUUCUCCUGCAUGACGAGCGGCUUUCGCUGCUUGCGCUGGUGGCCCUGCUGCCUCGGCACCCGAACGUUCCGUCCUGGUGCCCAAACUUCUCUCACUUCCUAGAGAUGCGGCAAGAAGGAAUAGUACAACUAUGGCACAAGCGAUACAAUGCCGGAUACACGGAUGAUCUGCCCUACAAACCAGACGUUCUUUUCCUAUCACCAGAACUCAACCAGCUGAAAGUGAGAGGAUUCGUCAUCGACAAAAUCCACCGCGUGGGCACGUUGGUAAACAAGGCGAACAGAGGCGUCGGGAACGACCAAAGACUGCUGUACGAUUCCUGGUGCUGGGAAGUCGCGAAGACUGUCUACGGAGACUACAAGGAGGCGUUAGACGCGCAUAGCCGCACCUUAAUCGCUGACCGGUGGGACCAUGUCCGACAUAUGCUCAGCAGAGAUGGAAAUGCGGACGGCUGCAGCGUGCCAGACCUGAUGAGCGUUUAUGUAGCCUGGGUGAAAUCUCUGCAAGAUGGCUUCCAACCAGAUGCGGAAUCUGUUGAGAUGCAAGAGGCUGUAGGAAUGUUCGAAGAGUUCUGCAGGAUAACGAUUCUGCGGUGUUAUGUCUCGACGGAGGGCGGUCGCGUUGGUCUUGCGCCUCAUGCGGUGAAGACGGGCGAUUUGGCUUGUAUUUUUUAUGGGGCGGAUACCCCGUAUAUUGUUCGGCGCACUGAGGAUGGGUCUAGGGUGAUGCUGGUUGGGGAUGCUUAUGUUCAUGGGAUUAUGUAUGGAGAAGCACUGACGAUGGCUCCGAGUGCUGGGAGGGGGCCGGAUGAGGAGUUUGUGAUCGAAUGA